CGCUGACCUUGAGCCAAAACGCACCGCUUCGUCAUCUCUCAUAGUCUCAGACUGACCCCUUCCACUUUCGUCGUCGGUUCAAAAUGUGCAGCGAUUCUAAUCUGUCGAACCUCCACCGUCUGAUCGUCGAGGCUCUCCGUCCGUACACAGAAAAAGAUGACGUAUCCGCGACGAAAGAGAGGGAACUUCUGGUGAGUCUCUCUCAGGUUCUUCGGGAAGUGAAGCUCUGGGUUGAAGAGGUUGAUUCUGACUUUGAUAAUGGGGUUGUGGUUGGAUUGGAUAGUGAGAAUGACUGUGUGUGUCUCAGUGAAAUCUUAACUCACUUGAUUGUUCUGCUAACUGUGGAGAGUAGAUAUGUGAAGCAUCUGGCCUGCGAUGUACUUGUUGUUGUCUCAAAAUUCGUGGCGGCUUCUGGAAGCCACUGGGGUGUCUUUAUUCUUUUGUUGUGUGAUUGUAUGGAUUUGGCACUUAAAGCGGGGAUGUCAUGUUCUGGGUCAACUUCGGCUGCUAGAGCUAGUGAGGUGUGUUCGAGUUCGUCGAGUUUGAUUAUUGGGCUGAAACCUAAGCUGAAAAAUGGUGACUGGUCUGUGGCGGCUGGGGUUGUUCGGGUGCUACGUGAUAUACUUAAGUAUUUGAAGUCUGCAGAUGAUGAUGAACUUGUUGAAGAGUUUAUUGAGCGUGUUAGUUCUUUUCUUUCAACAGUGCCAUGGGAUCUGUUGAAUGGGAUCCAUUUUGGUCCAAAUGCUGAUGCUCUGAAUAGUUCCAGGGCAGAUGUCUCGUUCCAAAGAACCUUGUUUAUAGGAAACUUGAUUCAGUUUUUCUGUUCCUUGGUUGAGCCAGGUGGUGUUGUCGAAGCUGCAUGUGGAUCAUCAGAAAAGUGUAAUCCAGUUUUUUCUACAAUCAUCAAUGUUGUGCCUAAGCUUUUAUCUUUGUGCCUUGGGGAGCAAGUGGACUGUGUUAUCUCCAACAACCGCAUCUCUCAAUACUUCAAACACAAGUUAUUGGUGCUGAUGAUCAGGCUUAUUGUUCAAACUUUUCCAGAAUCAACAAUGCUUGUUUCAUGGUUGCAACUUAUCCAUCAUUACUUUGAAGAGCUUCUGCGGCAACCAAUUUCUUGUAGUCAGGAAGAUUGUUUGGAAGGCUCUCCAUUUCUAUUCAAUGUUUCUGAUUCAGAAGUGAAUUGUCUGUCUUCUCACCAUCUGCAAAGACAGGCUGUAUUUCUAUUUCUGAAGUGUACUUUUAGUUUGAUCAACUCAAAAGGAGGCACUAACAGAAAAUGUGCUUGUGCAAGUUGGAACAUAAGCUUGUUCAAUGACUCAAAUGCGGAGUUGCUGUGUUGUGAAAGAAAGAAGGGACUGUUGGAGCUUUAUAACUGGCUACGAGGACAUCUUCCGACUGAUAUGUUAGUGGACCAUGAAACGUACAUCAAAAACUGUGCAGACUUUUCCAAAUCCUUCCUCCAACUAUAUAUUAAAGAGGAUGAUGUAUUAUUCGAAGUGCUCCUGCAAUUGCUUUCUGUUCCUUUUUCUGCAGAUAAACAGUAUGAAAAGGUAAAGGGAUCAUUUCAUGAUUUAAAGGACAAUAUGCUUUUCGUUAUCUCAGAUCUCUUCAAUCCUGUAAUCUUAUUUCAUCUAUUUCUUGUAGAGUUAAGCUAUGACCAUCAGGUGCUACUUGAUUACCUUAUUUCAAAAGAUACUGGAAUAAGUUGUGCAGAAUAUCUUUUAAGGUGCUUGCGUUAUGUUUGUGAUUCAUGGAACUUAUUUGUGGAAUUUCCACCGAGUGGGCAAGCUACAGAUGGAUCAUCUUGCAAGAAAAGAAAAAUUUCGGUGACUGGGUCAAGGUUUUGUGGAGGAAAUUUUUUUGCUGUGAUAGAUUUUCCAGGUUCCUUUCUUAAAGAUGUAUGUGAUGAUGAGAACAUAUAUGGUUGCAAGCACACUCGGGGGAAUUUCCAAGAAGCCAAAGAGUGUUUACUUUCUUUGAAAAGUUCAAUUGAAAGUCUCCACCAAAAGAAUCUAUUUCCCUACAAUCCUAAUGCUCUUUUAAAGCGGUGUGUCUUUGGAAUAUCUUACAAUUCACUUCUCAGUCAAGAACUAAUCUAAUAUGUGGUGUUGUUGUAAAAAGAAAAAAGAAUUGAAUCUAUGGGGCUUAUCGUGGUCUUAAACUAUUAGAAUGUGAACCACCCAAACUGAACUUCUUGCUUUUGCUUGCAGUUUAUUAAGGUUUCAGGAACUAUGUUUUGAGGCAGGAAAAUGAAAUCAACAGUGCGGGGACUUUGGAUAACCUUCCUGCACAAAGUUUUGCAGAGCUGAAAUAUUCCUUUAAUGUUAAAGUCAUAAAAGGAAAUCCUGCCAACCAGCGACGCCUAGUGUAAAGGUUGAUGUGAAGAGUUACAACAUAACAGGGAGUUAGCAGGACAAUAUGCAGGACAAGAUAACUUCAUAUCAUCGCGACUCUAUGGAGCCAUUGUAAUUGCAUAUUUGAUUGAAUUUGGAGCAGUGAAAAGGAAAAGAACAAGCAUUUGCUGAGGUAAUUUCAAGUUUACGUUUACUGACAACAAUAGAGGAGAAGAACUCUCACAGCACUGUUAAAUCCUGGAUUUUAAUAGAAUCUCAUAUCCUAUGUGAAACUAACUUCCAGCACUGAUCAAUCCAGGAGAUGAUUUAGAGCCAUGACAUGUAUAGAUAACUUUUCAAGAAUUUAGCAAAAAGUGUUGAACUUUAGGUGAAAUGAUCUAAAAUGCAAGUUGGUGUAUAAAUCUGAUUAACAAGCUUCUCUGUCUGGGGCUGAGCUAUGACUGGCUGUGGAAUGAGGACAAAGUUUCUAUUUUACAUGUGUCAGGUGGAUCCAUGAUUUUGUGCUUGUGAGUUUGAAGAAAAAGAAAAUAGUACUUCUCAUCGAGUACUAGAGGGAUGUCAUAUCAUAUGCAGACUAUAAAAUUAAGGUUGUGACUGAUACAGGAUAAGAUAAGGAGAUAUAUAGGUAUCUUCAUGUGGUAGUUGGUAGAUAGGAAGUAUAGGUGAAGCAUCAGUAGGUGUUUUAGAGACAGAGAGUUCCGACCUAAUGAUUUACCACCUUUAUCUUUUG